GUUUUCUUGGCCCAUUCCGGGGCAUGACAUUUUGUUUGCUUGGUUAUUUGUCUUGUUUCCCCUCCCCCGUCCUGCCUCCUCAUCAUUAUCACUGCCAAACUUACAUUGGAUCUGACGCUCUGGUACUCUUAACGCUGAGAUCUAGUUGGCAAUUGAGCGUUCUCUCCUUUUAACUGAUCUACAAUUUUAUUUCCUUUGUAGGUACGCGGACAUUCGCGCGUUCAUUGUGAAAACAAUACCUUACAGGUGGAUCUCGCCCGACGCCGUUCAAACAAGCCCAACACGAACCUGCCAAGAUGAUCUCUGGAUCGCCCAUGACCGACUACGACAGUGAUUCACCACUGACAUAUAACAGCAUUCACGGUGGUGAACACUCCCCCCUAGAAGUUUCAACGGCUGCACCCGCUGCCGAGUAUGAGUCUCCGGAACCUUACCGCUCGCAUCGGCGCUCUUCACCAGUCGAUCCGCCACCAGAACAGCAACCAAUAGUAACAGUACAGCGAUCGCGAAAGCGGACAAGAACAUCAGCUGGGUUCAACGGCAGCAAUAACAAGCGCAAGAUUCAUCAUGACGAGACCGAGCAUCGCCGAAUGCGCUUACGAGAUCUGGAGGCAGUCGUGAGGGAACACCUUGGUACCGGAAAAUUCUUUCUCGUUGCUGCCGCCUUGCGUGAGAUCGAUGAAGAGAAGCUCUACGCUCCGGAAAAGUCCAUCUACACAUAUGCUAAGAACAAGUUUUCUUUUAGCCGCCGCACCACCAAUACAUACUUAUGCUCAGCGAGUGUCUACGAGUCCCUUGUUGAGGACUCAUCUCUCCCCGUUCCCGUCAACAUAUCCCACAUCCGAUCAUUGCACAAGUUUCCCGCGGAAGUACGUCGGUUUAUAUGGAAGCAGGUGUGUGAAUCCGGUCAAACAAUUACUGAAGAGCAUGUGGUCGCAAUGACAGUUAAAUACGAAACUGGUAUAUCAUUCACAGAUCUCAACAAUGAACUCUACACACCAAAAGAGAUCAUCACCGCUGGAAAGCAUGUAAUUAACAAGUCAACCUUCGACCUAGACCCGGCAUCAUGCCACUUUGCGAACGACUUGCAUGACAACCACGUCGCCCGUCACAUUUACGAUGAAGUUACUAAUGGACUCACACAACCGUGGCAUGGCGACAUAUGGCUAUCACCCCCUCUUGGCACGGACCCUGAUGGGGCCAGCCGGCAAAGUAGAUGGUUUCUUACCGCCGAAUCCAAGUUCUUAACAGGAGAAAUAACUUCUGCUAUGGUGUUACUCAAAGUUGAUUUUGGAUCUCCCUGGUUUCUCAGGGUGCAAGCCUAUCCACACUGUCUGUUUCACACAAAGUUGUCCUUUUCAACCCCGACGGGACGGGAAAAGUGCUUACAAGAUGAGAGUCACGUAUUGGUUUACAUGGGGAGCAAUAUUGGCACCUUUUGCGCCCAGUUCGGCCGAAUGGGUACAAUUCCAGGCUACAAUUCCUGGGCUUACCGUCCUAUUGGACUUCCACACCAAUCAAGUAAUAUAUCAUCCCCUACAACGAGUGACAGCACUCCAAAUACUCCCGCUUGCACGCCAUCGACGAUAAAGCCAACAUCAUUAGCAGCAAGUCAACUUGCGGCACUUGCGGCUGUUACCCCUUCCGAUCCGACCGCACUAUCGUUUCUACACAGUUACUAUCUCAAUGCGCUUGCAGGAAAUACAUCAAAUGGAAGUACACCGAGCAAUGCGGCUGCCGCGGCCGCCGCGCUAGGGAUGGGGCUAGGCAUGGGUAUACCAGGAAUGCACCAUCCGAUGACUAUGAACAGCCAUCUUCCACUAGGAUUGCACAUAGGCAUGGGAUUAAACCUCAUGACGGGGAAAGGAGAAACGGCGAUUGUGGACGGUUUGGACAGCGAGGCACAUUCUGUAAACCCUGUUACUGGCAGUGGUACGGCAUUAGAUGGGAUAGUCUUGGGAGAGGAGGACGGUGAGGGACGGAGGACCAUCGAACUUCUGUGAUAAAGGCCAUUGUUUUGUGGGCUAUGUAGAUUGGCUUGUGCAUGGAACGGCUGGAUGGUUAUAUGACUGUAUACGGUGCAUUAUUUGCUUCAUUAAUUGUGCGUUAGAAUGAUUUGUCAACUGUACAGAUGAUAGAUAAUAGAUACCAAUGCAAUUUUGGAGACUCGGC